CGAAACUUUGUUUCGCAUCAAGAGCUCGGUUCUUACUGAAGCAAAGAGAAAGAGGAUGGAUUUUUCGUGUUUGACGAAUGCUUCCAAUGAAGAUAUCAGUUACAAAAUGGACAAAAACAGCUCAGGAGACAAAGAGUCCGUGAGGAAUUUCUGUUCUACAAGAAUUUUUAAUGAAGAAGUCAGUGUCACCAAUCGUUCCGCUGAAAAUUAUCAUGAGCCUCUAGAGGCCUCACGUGGGGCACGGAUCAUGGCUAAUGAGUCUGCGAGAGAAAUGGAACAACUAACGCAGCGGAUCACCUACCUUGAAACAGAGAUUAACGCUCAAGAGAAGGAAAUCGUCUCUCUUAAGCAGACUCUCUUUGAGAGAGAUGAUGAGAUAGCUGAUCUCAAAGAAAAAUUGUCCCAACUAAAACAAACUGGGCAAAGAAGUCAGUUUGAUUUUGUCAAGCAAAUGGCAACCAUGGAUGAAAAGCUACAGGAGGCAAGAAAGGACAUUGACGAGCUCGAGGAUGGCCUUAAUUUUACUGUGAAGAAGAACAAAACAAAAUCAGAAGAAUCCCAGAGCAAACUACAAGCAUUUAAUGGCAAAAGUUACUUUGACGUUCAACCAUCAUGGUUUGACACACUAUCAAACAACGGCGGAUGUCUCAUAGUUGAAAACUUUCCAAUAAAAGCCAAAGAUAUCGAAGCCAUCAAAAAUAUUACGUCACCUUCAAAGCCCUCCGCUGAGCCAGCUAAAGGCAAAGAUUAUUUCGACCUUCAACCAUCAUGGUUUGACACUCUGUCAAAAAACGCGGGAUGUCUUGAAGUUCAAAACGUUCCAGUGAAAGCGAAGCAUCUUGAAGCCGUGAAGAAUGUUAAAUCAAAUUCAAAGCCCUACACGGAGCCAGUUAAAGGGAGUCCAUAUUCUUACCAUCGCCCAUUAUAUCCUAUCCUGGCGUGCACUGUUCCCAGUGGAUCUCAAAUACCAUUGGCUUACCAACAGAUCAACCAACACUCCAUUCCUCAAACCGAACAAGGAUUGUUGGGAAGAACUUUUGACAAAUGGUUCGGAUCAUACUAUUGAAAUAGUCUUCAACGCAGGCGACCCAAGUUUUCAUCUUUCUAAUUCCUGAUAAAUUCAGAGCCGGGCGUUGUUUGUUAUUUUGAAUUCGUUACAUUUCAUUGUCUUUUGAAAACUUUGGUGAGCAAAUAAAUGAAACAGCCAAGUAUGAAGGAACA